AUGGAACCUUCAGUCAGCGACUUCAAGCUCGUCGGACUGGCGGCAGGUUUCACACUAGGGUUCGGUUUCCUCACAGUCUGGAAUGCAAUCAAGCAGACUUCAGAAAUUGAGAAGCCCUGGAAGAGCCCGUUCGUCAUCCUGAUUUGGAUUGAAAUCCUGUCUAAUGUGGUAAUCGGGGUAAUGGGAUGGCUUGUGCUGGAGGGAAUUGUACCUGUCAUUGCACCUGUACUGGCACUUCUACUAUUCUGCUGGGCGCUUGAAAUCCAAUGUUGUAUGCAAGUUAUCAUUAACCGCAUCUACAUUGUGGUGGAAAAGAAGAAGACCGCGAGAAGGGUCAAAUGGGGCACUGCUUGCCUCAUAACAGCCAUCAACAUUGCAGUGUUCUGUAUAUGGAUUCCUGCACAUAUGACUCCCCCAGUCAAUCAUACCUUUGUCCUCAUUAAUCGAUACUGGGACCCAAUUUCCAAAUUACUAAUAUGCAUCGUCGAUGCGUGUCUCAAUGUUUGGUUCCUACGCGUUGUGCGUGUGCGACUGGUCCGCCAAAACGGACUAAAAAAAUAUGGGCCCUUAGUUCGCUUCAACAUGCGAAUGAUGUUCAUUUCCGUAAUUAUGGACGCUAUGCUCAUUGGACUCAUGUUCCUGCCUAACCCAAUGGUGUACAUCCAGUUCCACCCGGUUACGUACGUGGUGAAGCUCAACAUUGAGUUGAGAAUGGCUUCCCUCAUCCGCAAGCUUGCGCGGGACAGCAACCUGAACAAUGAAAUCCAUGAGGCAUCAAUGAAUCUGCCGAACCGAUUUCACCCACAGGGUCACUACAUCAAGUGCGAUGAUGAGACGAUGGAAAAGAGGAAUUUGAGACAUAUGCAGUUUGUCCAGCUACGAAACCAGGGGUUCGAGAGCGAGGACAUGAAAAUCCUAAAGACAACCAGUGUUCGGGUUGUAAAAAGCCCGAGACCUUUUGUGCAGGACAAUCUGCCUCCGCUGCCACCUCUGCCCAAGGAUGGGCGAUGA